AUGCUUCUUCCAGAUAGUGAAAUGCACUCCAUAAAACUGAUAAACCAAACUCAGCUUUCAGAACGUUUCCUCCUGGGAUGCUCAGAAAACCCAACCCUACAUCUUCUCAUCUUUGCGCUGUUCCUCUCCAUGUACCUGGCCACUGUAAAUGGGAACCUGCUCAUUAUCCUGGGCAUCCUUUCUGACCCCCACAUUUACAGACCCAUAUACUUCUUCCGUGCCAAACUGUCCUUGGUGGAUGUCUGCUUCACUUCCACCACUGUCCCCAAGAUUUUGGUGAACAUCCAGAUGCAAAACAGAUCCAUCAGAUAUGCAGACUGCAUCACAGAGAUGUCCUUCUUGAUAAUCUUUGCAGGAUUGGAUGAUUUUCUGCUGGCCAUGAUGGCCUAUGACCAGUUUAUGGCCAUCUGUCACCUCCUGCACUGCACAGUCAGCAUGACCCCCUGGCUAUGUGAGCAGCUGGUUCUGCUGUGCUUGGUCAUUGGUGUUUUGCAUGCCUUGUUAAAUAGCUUACUGGUGCUGAGGCUGAACUUCUGCACACACCUAGAAAUCCGCCACUUUUCCUGUGAGUUGAAUCAGGUGGUCCACAGAGCCUGUUCUGACACCUUUCUCAAUGACCUCAUGUUCGGUUUUGAAGCUGUGCUGCUGGCAGGAGGUCCCCUGUCUAUGAAUCUGUACUACUCCAAGAUCACCUCGUCCAUCCAUGCCAUCUCCUCAGCUCAGGGCAAGUAUAAAACCUUUUCUACCUGUGCCUCUCAUCUCUUGACCAUAUCUCUAUUUUAUGGAACAAGCUUAGGUGCAUACCUCAGUGCCAGUGCUGCCCUAAGUUCAGCCUCAACUGCAAUAGCCUCGGUGAUGUACACCAUGGUCACUCCCAUGCUGAACCCCUUCAUCUACAGUCUGAGGAACAUAGACAUGAAGAGGGCUCUGAAAAGACUGUUGUUCCAUAAAUGA